AAAUAACAUCUCCAGUUGUUACGCGGUGUGCCUCGUGUAGCUUAAGCUCUGAUCUCUGCCAUGGCGGCGCCGUCCGGCCGGGAUCGUGUCGCCUCCGCGCUCCUUCUCCUCCUGCUGCUUGUUCUGGGCGCCGCGGAGACUACUGAGGCCAACGCCGCCGUUGAUCCCAACCAGGAGCGUCAGGUGCCGUGGAGUGCUGCGCCUGCACCCUCCCCCAUGAAUAUCAACUGCCGGAGCGCGUGCGCGUCGCGGUGCGCGCUGUCGUCGCGGCCGAACCUGUGCAACAGGGCGUGCGGGUCCUGCUGCGCGCGCUGCAACUGCGUGCCGCCGGGCACCUCCGGGAACUACCACAUGUGCCCCUGCUACGCCGCCAUCACCACCCGCGGCGGCCGCCCAAAGUGCCCCUGACGCCGCCCCGCCGCCCGCCCGCCGGUGACGAACAAGAACAAGAACGACAACCGACUCCCUUGCAUUGUGUACGACGUGUGUCUGACGAACAAUAAUGUUACCAUGGACGGUUCCGUUUAUAUGCAUCAUGCACGCAUUGCAUGCCCGUACGCUUAUUGGUU